AUGUAUCCUGCUCCAUCUCAAAAUUUAAUAUCAUUUGAUGAUGAUAGUGCCGGUAAGCAGCAAUUCCGCUUGUACAUUUGGCUUGAUACAGUAACAACAUACUAUUUGGUCGUAACCACACAUGACCCGAAGGUUACAGGACAAUUUGCAAUAAGCGCAACUGGUAUAGCAUCUCUCACAUUUUCAACGACUGAUGAAUCUGGUAAGAACUUCAUUAAUUUCAGGGAAGUUCUUGAAUGGAACACAACAUUCAUCAAAAGAUGGAUGCAAAAAGAUAUGCAAAGUACUGAAUGUAGCAAUAUACAGUAA